AUGGCUCAUCCCAAGGUCUUCCUAACCGGUGCCAGUGGGUAUAUUGGCGGCGAUGGCCUCUGGACCAUUGUCAACGCCCAUCCCGACUGGCAGCUGUCGGCUCUUGUCCGCAACAAGGACAAGGCAGAGCAAGUCACGGCCCAGUACCCGAACAUCCGGAUUGUUCACGGUGAUCUGGACUCCUCUGAUAUCAUCGAGGAAGAAGUCAAGAAUGCCGACAUCGUCUUUCACUUCGCCGACUGCGACCAUGUUGCAGCGGCUCAGGCUAUUGCCAAGGGCUCCCAGCACCAUACGGCUGAGCGCCCUCUCUGGUUGAUUCACACCUCUGGUACCGGUAUUCUGACCAUUGAGGACCAGCGUGCUCAUACCUACGGUAUUGAGCGACCCAAGGAGUAUAAUGACUGGGAGGGCGUGAGCGAGCUCCUCAACCUGCCUGCUGAUGCUUUCCACCGCAACGUGGACGAGAUCAUCAUUGAUGCUGGCAAGCGCGAUCCAUCCAGUGUCCGCACCGCCAUUGUCUGCCCUCCUACUAUCUAUGGUCCCGGCCGUGGUCCCUGCAACACCAAGAGCGUGCAGGCCUACUGGCUGAGUGCCGCAGUUCUGAAGCGUGGCAAGGGCUUCCUGGUCGGUAAGGGCGAGAAUGUUUGGCAUCAGGUGCACGUCCAAGAUUUGAGCAAUGUCUACCUGGCAUUGGGCGACGCGGCAGCUGCUGGCGGUGGCAAGGCGACCUGGAACGACGAGGGUUACUACCUUGCUGAGAACGGCUCUUUCGUCUGGGGUGAUAUCCAGCGAAAGGUGGCUGAGGAGGCCUUUGCCCAGAAGUUCAUCAAGUCUCCCGAGGUUGACUCCAUUGAUGAUACACAGACUACCGACCUCCAUCCUGCUGGCAUUUACGCCUGGGGAAGCAACUCUCGAGGCCAUGCCAUCCGUGCUCGCAAAUUGUUUGGCUGGGAUCCAAAGAAACCGAAGCUGAUUGAUUUGAUUCCUGAAAUUGUUGCGCUUGAGGCUAAGGAUCUUGGCCUGAAAUAA